UAAUCGGCUUAUUUUCCGAAUAGCGAUAAACAUGUGCCCGAGUUACAUUAACUCUGUACCUACAGACCACUACCAUCCAAGACUUUGAACACGGCAACACUAAAACGCCAACCUCCAUCACUCAGGUCACUCUUUGAUCCUUCUAAUCAAAAGGGUUUGCUCCAAAAUCUCUUUUCAUCAAUCUUUCCCUUUUGAUUUUCCAUAUUUUUAAUUGCAAUAUGAUGUUGUUGAAUCUCCUUCCUUCGUCAUCUGUCACUUUCCCAAAAUCACACCAUAAAUACUCCAUUAAUAAUCCUUCGUUUUCUCACCCUAAUCUUGUCUCCAGAAUCUCCAUUCCUCCUCAAUCGAAGUUCAAAGUCUCGGCCUUUAACAAAAUCCACAGCAACCCCACUUCUCAGAUCUAUGAAGCUACCAAGUUCCUUAAAACCCCUUGUCGAUUUGGAGAUUUUGGAAGAAAACCCACUUCACAGAUCGCUAAAUCAGCAUCUGGAACUUCUCAAGAUUCAACCCCGGACGAAGAACUUGAAAAAAAGCCUAACAAGACUCUCCAGCUUGGAAUUGUAUUCGGAUUUUGGUACUUUCAGAACAUUGUUUUCAAUAUUUACAAUAAGAAAUGCUUGAACAUUUUCCCAUAUCCAUGGCUUCUUGCUUCCUUUCAACUCUUUGUUGGUUCUCUAUGGAUGCUGUUUCUCUGGGCUUCAAAGCUUCAACCUUGCCCCAAAAUCGACAAAUCAUUUAUCAUCGCUCUUCUAGGCCCUGCACUUUUCCACACAAUCGGUCACAUUUCUGCAUGUGUUUCAUUCUCUAAAGUCGCUGUUUCUUUCACUCAUGUCAUCAAAUCAGCAGAACCCGUUUUCUCUGUUGUGUUUUCCUCUGCUUUAGGCGAUACUUACCCUUUAUCCGUUUGGUUAUCGAUCUUACCAAUCGUUAUGGGUUGUUCUUUAGCUGCUGUUACAGAAGUUUCCUUCAAUCUUGGUGGAUUAUGGGGUGCUAUGAUUAGCAAUGUUGGAUUCGUGCUUAGAAACAUUUACUCCAAAAAGAGUUUGCAGAACUUCAAGCAUGUAAAUGGGUUGAAUCUAUAUGGGUGGAUUACAAUCCUCUCAUUCUUUUACCUGUUUCCAGUUGCGAUCUUUGUUGAAGGAUCUCAAUGGGUUCCUGGAUACCAUAAAGCAAUUGCAAGUAUUGGAACGCCAUCUACUUUUUAUCUAUGGGUGAUGAUAUCUGGAGUGUUUUAUCAUCUUUAUAACCAAUCAUCGUAUCAAGCACUUGAUGAUAUAAGUCCGUUGACUUUUUCAGUUGGGAAUACAAUGAAAAGGGUUGUGGUGAUUGUUUCUACUGUAUUGGUUUUUAGAAAUCCAGUUAGGCCUUUGAAUGCACUUGGAUCUGCCAUUGCUAUUUUUGGUACGUUUUUGUAUUCACAGGCGUCAUCAAAGAAGAAGGCUGUGGUGGAAAAGAAGGAGUAAGGAAACCUUCUUGAUUUGGUUCAUUUCUUGUCUUACUUUUAGUGGAAGUUUUGGCUUUUGAAUGUAGUUUUAGAAGCUAGUGGUUAUUCGUUUGCUUUGUGGUUUCUUUUUUGAACUAGGGUUUUAGACAUUUUGUUCUUGUUGUGGCUCUCUUAGACUUUGGUAUCAUACGCCUCAAUGAGCAAAUUGAAUCAACAAUCUUUUGCUUUUCUCUA